GUGAGGCUCCUCAGGAUCCAAUGGAUAUUCUAGAAACGCCUAAAACGGCAGCGUACUGGUCACGUAAUAACACUUGGCUCACAAUAACUUCAGAUGGUUUGGAGCCAAAACCUAUGGCUGAUUUGACAAUACCCAGAGGUAAAUCAAAGAUAACUAUGGGUGAUAUCUUAAAAGUCAUACUUUAAAAAAUAGCCAAAUUAAAUAUUUCAUUGAUUAUUAACUCUAGCACAGAUUUCCCUAACUAAGGUUACAGUGAAUACUUUUAAGUAAAUACUUUCUAUAUUUCCUAAGUGAAACUGAUUUUUCAUAUUUGUGGCAGUUUGCUUCUUUUUAAUUUCCUUUUUUAAAGACAAGUGGAUCAUUGUUGACAAGCCUAUUCCUAAGCUUGGCAAAGUGGUAAUAGAAGGAGG